CUAAGCCCUACUUCUGGAACCGAGUUGGAGUCCUGGACUAAGCAUCCUAAGCCCUCUGGAACCGAGUUGGAGUCCUGUCCUCGACCUAAGCAUCCUAAGCCCUACUUCUGGAACCGAGUUGGAGUCCUGCCUGCAGUACUCUGAUUAUAACGACGAUGCCGGAGCAACGUACAACCAUAUGUUCUCUAGUCUCUCUUGAUCCUACCCAUGGAACCUGCGUUAGCAAUGGCAUCGGCGGUGAAAAGUAAGCGCACGAGUCGAGGCCGGCAAAAAAUCCGCAUUAAGAAGAUCGAGAACCCCGAGCGUCGCGCCGUGACCUUCAGCAAGCGCCGUAAGGGCCUCUUCGUCAUGGCCGCGGAGCUCUGCGCCCACACCGGCGCCCACGCCGCCGUCAUCGUCUUCUCCCCUUCCGGCCGACCCUACGCCUACUCCUAUCCCUCCGUCGACGAGGUCCUUCGCCGCUUCCUCGUCGGCCAGUUCCGGGACCGUGCAGGUCUGGGCGGGAUGCAGGAGUUGGUGCAGAUGCGUGCGCUCCUGCUCGGGGAGGGCGAUGAGCGCGCCGCGGAGCCCCACCGCGGGGCGGUGCUGGAGGAGCUGCAGCGCGGGGUGGAGGAGUUGGAGAAGCUGCGGAGGCUCGUGCUGGCGAAGGCCGACGUGGUUGGAUGACAUUGGU